AUGACACUGCAGACAUUAGAUUUACGAGGUAUUCUUACAGAAGAUCUCGACGACUAUUCAUUUCAUAAUCUCACAAUUAGCCAGGAACUGUAUACUGAUCUUUUUCAGAUUUGCUGUCCACAGAUUCAGGGAUUAGUAAUUUCACCACGGGCAUGUGUGGCCCCUGUAGAUCAAGACGCCAUUUCUUCCUGUUCUAACCUGCUAGGAUUAGAUAUUCAGCGAUUCCUUCUUUGGGUGGUUGCAAUUCUCGCAGUUCUGGGAAACGUGAUGGUUAUUGUUUAUCGUGUAAUCUGGGAUAGAUCAGUUCUCCAGACAGGAUACGGCCUGUUUGUGACAAACUUGGGUAUAUCCGACUUCAUUAUGGGAGUCUAUCUGUUCAUGAUUGCUGGAGCUGAUUCUUUUUACCGUGACAGUUACGUUAUCUAUGAUAAAAGCUGGAGAAACAGUGUUGUGUGCAAGAUGGUUGGUUUUAUGGCAUGUCUUUCGUGUGAAGCAUCGACGUUCUUUGUUUUUCUGAUCACCCUUGAUAGAUUUUUGGUGAUGAAGUUUCCAUUCGAUCAAAUUAAAUUUAAUAAGACUCUCAAAACUAUCGCAGUUGUGAUGUCUUGGAUGGCAAGUUCUCUACUUUCACUUGUUCCUAUUGUGUUCAACUUUGACAUAUAUUCUUCUAACGCAAUGUGUCUUGGUCUGCCCCUAACAAACACACAAGCUAGAGUUUGGGAGUAUUCAGUUGCAGUUUUUAUAAUUUUUAACCUGAUCAUGUUUUUGUUCAUUGCAUGUGGUCAAUAUGCGAUCUUCCGUGCCAUGUCAGAGAACAGAGUAUCUAAGACAACAACUAGCAUGCCUUCUUCACGUCGAGCCGAAGAUAUAACAGUAGCUAAACAACUGUCUCUUGUAGUUCUCUCUAAUUUUCUCUUCUGGUUUCCUGUGGGAAUCAUGGGACUGAUGUCUCUUGGAGGUUAUGAGGUCAGCAGUCAGGUUUAUGCCUGGACAACAGUUCUCCUUCUGCCCAUCAACUCCGCUGCAAACCCUGUUUUGUACACUAUUCCUGCCCUACUGGUGAAAUGGGAGCAGUUCAAACGUGGGGAUAAAAGGGCACCUUCUGGUUCCAUGCAAUAG